UUGGCUCUGAUUUUUAAAAGCCCUUUCAUUCAAGAGGCUGUCCAUUAUCAACAUGGCAGAACCGUCGGUUCCAGUACCCCCUCAAAAAAUGGCGUCACUUAGCCGGGUCCGAGCCUUUACUCUGAUUUUCUUAACUGCAAGCAGUUCUUUAAUUACUCCCACAAGUGGCAAGGAAGGAGGGGGAGAGGAGACGGUCAUCAUCGGGCUGAGACUGGAGGACACGGACGACAUUUCCUUCAUGGACAGGGGCUAUCUGCGGGUCAGCGAGAGGUCUCGGGUGAGAUUGAGGGUGUACGGGCAAAACAUCAACAACGAGACGUGGUCCAAAAUCGCCUUCACGGAGCACGAGAAGAGCCGAGUGAUUGGCACCAUCGACAGCUCCUCGGGGGACAACAAGAGUCAGGAGGACACGUCGGGCUUGCACCCCUGUGGCAUCAGGACCUCGGAUAUCCUCAUCCUGCCCAACAUCAUUCUAAACCGCAAGACGUCUGGCAUCGUGGAGAUCGAGGUCAAGCCUCUGCGCAAGACUGAGAGGAGCAAAGCGUACUACCUGUGCAUCGCCACUUCCACACCUGCCGCGGCGGGCGCGCACGACCCGUGGACGGAGCACACGUGGAUCUAUCACGAUGGAGAGGACACCAAAGUGAUCGUGGUGGAGGAGAAGAAGUUCCUGCUCCCUUUCUGGCUCCAGGUCAUCUUCAUUUCCAUGUUGCUCUGCCUCUCGGGCAUGUUCAGCGGCUUGAACUUGGGUCUGAUGGCGCUGGAUCCCAUGGAGCUGCAGAUCGUCCAGAACUGCGGGACGGAGAAGGAGAAGAACUACGCCAGGAAGAUCGAGCCCGUCAGGAGCCAAGGAAACUACCUGCUUUGCUCGCUUCUUCUGGGGAAUGUUCUGGUCAACACCACCUUGACCAUCCUGUUUUUUUUGGGUGAUGCCAGGUACAACUGA